AUUAGUUGAAAAACUACCGUCCAUCGAGAUGCGCCUGCUGCUCCUCCUUUGUGCCCUGCUGGCUUUGUCCGAUGCCAUAUCACCCACAGCAACAAACACUCAGUUGACUGCCGGACCAAUUGGCAUAAAACUUCAAGAGCUCCAAGACCGAUUUAAAUUUACCAGCUCCGAGUUUUCAAACGACAAGGACAAGUGGGCUGACCUGUACAUCAAGCUUGCCCAACACAUCAGCGAGGAGAGACGGUGCUACAUCAGUACCCCGAACUCUCUAUCCGCCUGCGAAAUGAUACAGCAUGUGAGGGGCAACCUGAAACACUUAAUGGCUGGAGGGCUGACCAAGCUCUUGCUCGCCGAGGAGAGCAUCUGGAAGUAUGGCCUGUACAUGGCGAACGUGGUUGAUGCCGCUCUGCUGCGGGAUAUCCUGUGGCACGCCAUCGGGGAUGUGCACCUGUAUCGGUCACCCAAAAAGCUGGCCCAACAGCUGGAGGAUUUUGGCGCGCUUCACGGCGAGAUAAGCUUUUCGAUGUUGAUCGAGGCCCAGCUGGCACUCUUCUCAACAUAUCAGGUCACGCAGUAUGAGAACAAAGCGUUUCUAAUCAGCAUGUACCAAAUACUCAACCGGAUAAUGAAUGACAGCAUGUACGCCAGCAUGGCCUGGGAUCUUCGUCAGCGAGUAGAGGCCCUUGAGAGGAGCAUACUGCCUCCCGCUUUCAAGCAGCUCCUUGAUCCGGAGGGCUUCUGCCUGCUCAACCGCUAUACUGGCGGCUACCUUUAUACUGCCGUAACGUGCAUUUUUGACAGCGGUUCGAACAGGGGCGUGUUUAACUGGUUCUGGCCCAAACACACCGAUUCCGCGGGCAGAAUACGGGCCUUUGUCCAGGACCUGAACGCAACCUCUGGGAGCCAAGUUCUUGUAAAACUCCGCGGCGAGCGUUUUAAGUGGUUUUACCACGUAGAUCGCUCCGAAAACAACCGAGUGGCGGCCUUACGAAAGGGCACUCCGCGUUUUGAAGACAGUGUGUGGAGCGUCGAGCACUGGGACGGCGCCCUCACGUUCCGUCAGGGUGCUCUCACCAUGUGCAACGUAUGUUGCGGCCUUAAGCGGAAACCUGUCGGGAUGGUACCCAAUAAGAUAGGAGUGCCUCCGCCAGACAGUUGUCAGUGGAAGCCGGUAAAAUGUGACAUUUCGUAUUCAUGGUAACAAUUUUUAUACGACUUCAAAAGGAACAUGAAUAAAACAAAAUUUUCAAUAUGCUUGAACUUCGUGUAAAAUUAA